AUGACUAAUACGAAUAAACUAAAUAAAGUUCUUUGGACAAAUAUUACUCACCUUAAAUUAUCGAAUAAAGAAGGUUCAUCAGUAAGAUUUUUACUUGAUAAAUCACCAUUUGAUGAAAAUGAUGAUGAUGAUAGUGAUAAUAAAAAUUUGAUGAAAAAUACUGAAUAUGUUAUCAUUGGACGGAUAUUACCAAACUCAAAUAUAUUUAAAGAAAGUUCAUUUCAAAUAGAAAUGAAAUUAACAUCAAAUUAUCCAUUUGAACCUCCUGAGGUUAGAUUUUUAACUCCAAUUUAUCAUCCAAAUGUUGAUAAAAAUGGUAAAUUUUGUCAUCCACUAUUGACAAAAACUACAAGAUGGAAACAUGGAACAACUUUAAUCGAUGUUGUUAAAGCUGUUGUUGAACAUAUUGACAAUCCAGAUAUUGAUUAUGCGGUCAAUAUCAAUAUCGGUCGAGAAUACAUGGAAAACCGAGCGGAAUUCAAUCGAAAGUGUUUGGAAAUGGUUCAACGAUAUAAAUUACCACCGAAUUAA